AUGGAACAGACCACGCAGCGCGUUGUACUUCCAACCCAAUUUCAAGAGGGAUUGAGGAUGAUAACGGAAGUAGUGGAAAAAGGUAAGAGUAGUGAAAGCAACAAGCAGAUACUGAGGUCAACUCUCAAGGAUAUGAACCCUGUGGUGCAAGAGAUCGAGCAAUUAAAUGAACACUUAAAUCCACCAAGAGAAGAAAUCAAAACCCUUAUUGACCAAAAAGAUGCAAAAGAAGAGCCUGUGUGCAAAUGCUUCUCCAAGAAUUUUUGUUUGGACAAGUGUCUCGCUUGGUUUCUUUGCAGAUUUGGACACAAGAGGGACGAUUCAUUUGCUGGUGGUGGCAAGCAAACUCUUGUGGCAAAAGAUAUUGAAGAGAAACUGUACAAAGUAAGGGAAAUUCUUGAGCUUCUCAGCAAAGAGAAUCGUGAGCAGAAGUAUUGUGGUAUUAGAGGGCCUAUCAAGCUUCCUUUUGGUGUUCCUGCAAACCCAGAUUUCACGGUUGGCUUGGAUAUUCCGUUGAAAGAGUUGAAGAUGGAGGUUCUCAAAGAUUGUGUGUCUGUUAUUGGGCUGACUGGUUUGGGUGGAAUGGGGAAAACCACUCUGGCUACAAAGCUCUGUUGGGAUGAACAAGUCAAGGGUAAAUUUGGGGAAAACAUUUUAUUUGUCACGGUCUCAAAAACGCCCAAGUUGAAGAUUAUUGUAGAGAGAUUAUUUGAACACUGUGGAAUUGAAGUACCCGAUUUUCUAAGUGAUGAAGAUGCAGUUAAUCAAUUGGGACUUUUGCUUAGACAAAUAGGUAGAAGUUCAGUGUUGCUGGUCCUGGAUGAUGUUUGGCCUGGAUCAGAAGCCCUCGUCGAGAAAUUUAAAGUCCAGAUACCAGACUAUAAAAUUUUGGUGACUUCUAGGGUUGCAUUUCCUAGAUGUGACACCCAGUGUUUCUUAAAACCUCUUGGUCAUGAUGAUGCAGAAACCCUUUUCCGACAUUAUAUGAGUGGUUCAAGUAUUCCUGAUGAAGUCAUCCAAAAGGUUGUGAGAAACUGCAAGGGUUUACCGCUUGCUAUCAAAGUAAUUGGGAGAUCACUCUCUAAUCAGCGUUCUGAGGUGUCGCUAAAGAUGGUGGAGGAAUUGUCGCAAGGUCGUUUUAUACUUGAUUCUAAUAUUGAACUGCUUACAUGCCUCCAAAAGAUCUUGGAUGUUUUGGAAGAUAAUCUUGUUAUCAAAGGGUGCUUCAUGGAUCUAGGGUUAUUUCCCGAAGACCAAAGAAUUCCUGUUACUGCUCUCAUUGAUAUGUGGUCUGAGUUGUAUAGACUAGAUGAUGACGGCAAAGAGGCAAUGGCCGUCAUCAACAAAUUAAACUCCAUGAAUCUAGCCAAUGUCGUGGUAGCAAGGAAAAAUGCCAGUAACACAGACAAUUACAACUACAAUAACCACUUCAUCGUUCUUCAUGACCUCCUGAGAGAGCUUGCAAUUUAUCAGUGUUCUCAGGAACCAAUGGAACAGAGAAAAAGAUUGAUUAUUGAGAUAAAUCAAAAUCAACAUGGGGAAGAGACAACAUUUCUUAGCUGGUAUGUUAAACAGAAGCCCCAGCAUGUCACUGCCCACACAUUGUCCAUAUCGACUGAUGAAAAUUGCACUUCAGAUUGGCCCCAAAUGCCACUAGCUCAAGUUGAGGUUUUGAUUUGGAAUCUUCGGACUAAGCAGUAUUCCUUUCCAGCUUUCAUGGAAGAUAUGAACAAACUAAAAGUUCUGAUAGUGACAAAUUACAGUUUCUAUCCUUCUGAAAUCAACAACUUUGAGCUACUUGGCUCUUUAUCCAACCUGAAAAGAAUCAGAUUAGAGCGAAUUUCUGUUCCUUCUUUUGUUGCAAUGAAGAAUCUUAAAAAGUUAUCCCUCUACUUGUGUAAUAUGAAACAGGCAUUUGAGAACAAUGACAUGUUAAUUUCAUACGCUUUUCCAAAUCUUGAAGAUUUGAAUAUUGACUAUUGCAAGGAUAUGUUGGGAUUGCCUAAGGGGCUCUGUGAUAUCAUCCCCCUGAAGAAGCUCAGUAUUACUAAUUGCCACAAACUCUCUGCACUGCCGCAAGAUAUUGGAAAAUUGGGGAAUUUGGAACUUCUAAGGCUCAGUUCUUGUACUGAUUUGGAAGGGAUACCAGAUUCUAUUGGAAGGCUCUCAAAUCUACGACUUCUUGACAUCUCACAUUGUAUAAGCCUUCCUAAUUUACCGGAGGAUUUUGGUAAUCUGUCUAAUCUACAGAAUCUCUACAUGACAAGUUGUGAAAGGUGUGAAUUACCAUUCUCUGUAACUAAUCUUGGGAAUUUAAAGGUUGUGAUAUGCGAUGAAGAGACAGCUGCUUCAUGGGAGAAUUUCAAGCCUAUGCUUCCCAAUCUAAAGAUAGACAUUCCUCAAGUUGAUGUUAACUUGAGUUGGCUUCAUACAACUUCCUCCUGA